CGUUGCCAUUCCUGUUUCCUGUCUUCAUGAUUGUUGAUGAAGAGCGAGCAGUGAAACAACCCAGGGGGCUGGAAAGCGAUACUUCAUGCGCCAUGGUCCGGGAUAAAAAGGACAGAGACAGCUGGGGGUCUUUUGUGGACAAGCAUGUAUUUGAGUGGAGUUCUGAGGACGAGGAGCCAGACGGUAAAGCUCGACCAGUGCAGGUUCUGGUGGUGAAGGAUGAUCACACGUUCGAGCUGGAUGAGGCAGCACUGAGUCGUAUCCUCCUGGCCAAAGACCUCAGAGACAGAGAGAUAGUCACAGUAUCUGUUGCUGGAGCCUUCCGGAAGGGGAAGUCCUUCCUCAUGGACUUCAUGCUACGCUACAUGUACAACCAGGCGAGUGAAGACUGGGUAGGGGAUUCUGAUGAGCCCUUAACAGGUUUCUCAUGGAGAGGAGGCUCAGAGAGAGAGACCACUGGCAUCCAAAUCUGGAGUGAGGUCUUUCUGGUGGACAAACCAGAUGGAAACAAGGUGGCAGUGCUGCUGAUGGACACACAGGGAACAUUUGACAGCCAGUCCACGCUGAGAGACUCAGCUACUGUAUUCGCCCUCAGUACCAUGAUCAGCUCCAUGCAGGUGUAUAACAUAUCGCAGAAUGUUCAGGAGGAUGACUUGCAGCACUUGCAGCUUUUUACAGAAUAUGGUCGGCUGGCCAUGGAGGAAACGUUCCUCAAACCGUUCCAGUCAAUGAUUUUCCUGGUGAGAGAUUGGAGUUUUCCAUAUGAGUUUCCCUACGGACAAGAGGGAGGGAUGAAGUUCCUGGAGAAAAGACUAAAGAUUUCAGAGAACCAGCAUGAGGAGCUGCAGAACGUGAGGAAACACAUUCACUCCUGCUUUACCAACAUCUCCUGCUUCCUCAUGCCACAUCCCGGCCUCAAGGUCGCCACCAACCCCCGCUUUGAUGGCAGACUCAAGGAGAUCGAUUCAGAGUUUAUCAGUAACCUGAAGGUGCUGGUGCCAUGGUUACUCAGCCCCAAAAACCUGGACGUUAAAGAAAUCAACGGCAGCAAGAUUACCUGCAGAGGCCUGCUAGAGUAUUUUAAGGCAUAUAUAAAGAUUUACCAGGGGGAAGAGUUGCCUCACCCAAAGUCCAUGCUACAGGCCACUGCAGAGGCAAAUAACCUGGCGGCUGUAGCUGCAGCUAAAGAUCUGUACAACCGAAAGAUGGAGGAGGUGAGUGGGGGCGAUCGGCCGUUUCUAGCCCCGAGUGAGCUGCAGGCACGUCAUGUAGUGAUCCGUGAUGAAGCCCUGGCUGUGUUCCGUGGUGUGAAGAAGAUGGGUGGAGAGGAGUUCAGUCGUCGCUAUUUGCUGCAGCUGGAAGCAGAGAUCGACGAGCUCUUCGUGCAGUACAUCAAGCACAACGACUCCAAGAACAUCUUCCACGCAGCACGGACGCCCGCCACACUCUUUGUGGUCAUCUUUAUUAUGUAUGUGGCGGCAGGCAUCACAGGCUUCGUGGGCGUAGAUGUGAUCGCCAGCGUGUGCAACAUGGUUCUGGGUUUCGCCCUCAUCACGCUUUGUACCUGGGCCUACAUCCGCUACUCCGGCGAGUACAGAGAGCUCGGCGCCCUCAUAGACCAGGUGGCUGGAGCACUGUGGGACCAGGGAAGCACAAAUGAGGCUCUGUAUAAGUUGUAUAACGUGGCUGCCAAUCAUAGGCAGCUGUACAACCACGCCUUCCCCCGACACCAGACUGAGCAACACCCUGAACAGGACAAGAAGAGAAACUGAGCACGCAUGCACUCACUCGCUCACUCAUUCACUCACUCACAGGCCCACAUGUACACCUACUCUAUCAAAGAGAUGCUCUGGCCAUAGCACACUUGAGCUUUUUGGAUCCUGCACAUGACAUCAUGGACAGACAAAGAGAAAUCAAUAGAAAUUAAAAAAAAAAUGCAAGAAGUUCACAUUAUUGUUCUACAAAAAACAAAGGGCAGAUGCAGUUGCCAUGGCAUCAUAUGCCUCUAAUAGCUCAUAAAAAUCCAGUAUACUAGAUAAUAGCUCCUGGAAAUCCAGUAAUAUAGACUGGAAUCCCAAGAUCUCGAUCCAACUCAGCCUGGAUUUUCCACCAACAUGACGUUGGUACUGAUUCAGGGAACCAGUGAACAAUUCACUCCCAUUUUCACCGGGAUAAGAGCCAAACCAUUACGUAAUCUGAGUACAUCUUACAUUCCAAAGUCAUAUUCAUGAUUUGCAGAAUUAGUAAUGUAAGGUUUUAUCUCCAAUUCAUUCAUACACCAGAUAGAACCUUAUAAUAUUAAGGUCAUAAACUGUUACAUGACAAAUACAUUGCCAUGCACAAAGGUUAUGUGCAAAAUAACAUACGUGUGUGACACUUAUUUACAUUCAUGCUCCCAUUCAGUUUGUUGCAAUUGCAAAUAACAUGCUCGCUUGCUUGUGUGACAUGUUUUGCAAAAUUUUAUAUAAAAACAGUGAGACACUAUUCACAUCUUAUUUUAACAGUGUCUGGGGGGGGAAGAGACCCCAACAACAACAACAACAACGAGUGGCUGAAGUUGUUGUCAUGUUGAUCAAAUGAUAUCAGACCAGCUACUUUUUUUUCAGAGAAGAAAUAAGUAUUCCAUCCAAGAAUCGCCUCUUUUGCGGUGGAAACGCAGUGUUCCCAGAUUCGGCACUGGUUCCUUGUUGGUGGAAGAGGGCUACGGUAUGACUGCUGCUCCAUCUAAGCAGAAAUGUAAACAGCGCAUGUGGAUAGUCUCAUGUAGUGUCUAGUGUUGUAUUGUUUUAUGUUGUCAAAGUUAGUUUAAAUCACUUGGUUUAGAAAAAUGUGAACUUACGAACUUGCCAAGAUUUCUCACUGACUGGAUAAGGAAAUUCUAGACACCUAGAAUAUUGACUAAAUGUCUUCUGGAUAUGCAGAUAAUGUGCAGGGGAAAGAAGAUUUGCUUUCUUAUCACAUCCACAUACAAUCAUUCAGAUUUUACUGUGCUGAAGCCACAAAGUUUUGAUAGUUUUCUUGAACAUUCUUUUAGGAAUGAUUUAACAUUUUCAACUUCUCAUUCCUAGUAGCUAUGGCUCUUCCCAUAUUACAUCUUAGCAGGAUCUGACUGAUGGUCUGAAAGUUACACAUUAAGGCUAUGUUUACAUUAGACCGUAUCCGUCUCGUUUUCUUCGCGGAUGCACUGUCCGUUUACAUUAAACUGCCGGGAAAUGGGAAUCCGCCAGCGUCCACGUAUUCAAUCCAGAUCGUGUCUGGUCCGGUGCUGUGUAAACAUUCAGAAUACGUGGAUACGCUGUGCUGAGCUCUAGCUGGCGUCUCAUUGGACAACGUCACUGUGACAUCCACCUUCCUGAUUCGCUGGCGUUGGUCAUGUGACGCAACUGCUGAAAAACGGCGCGGACUUCCGCCUUGUAUCACCUUUCAUUAAAGAGUAAAAAAGUAUGAAAAUACUGCAAAUACUGAUGCAAAUACUGCCCAUUGUGUAGUUAUGAUUGUCUUUAGGCUUGCCAUCCUUCCACUUGCAAGUGGUAAGUGAUAUGCACUGGGAUCACACACACAGCGGCUCAGUC